AUGUCCAAGGGCGCUGAUGAGAAGGCUCAAGCUGAGCAGGAAGCUUUUAGGGAGAAGGACGCUGCCGUGCCUGAGGACGGAUCGGUUUCGAAGAAGAGUCGGGGGCUGCUGAAUAUCCCAUCACGAUCAUCCUCUCAGAAGAUUCAGUCGUCCGCAACGACCGGACUCAGCGGCGCGACUGCAACCGAUCCUAGCGACAGUAUCGGCGAUCAUUCCAAGGAAUCCAAGCACAGCAUGCUCGGCCGGCGCAGGAAUGGCAGCGCGUCUAGUAAUCACUCCGGGGCUGCCACCAACCCAGCGACUACUCCGAGCACAUCACAGCUGAAUCCCCCGGCUGGCGCCCCCCAACGGCGGAAGAAAGGCGGAUUGUUGUCUUUGUUGGGGUGCUGUGGUGUCCCUGAUUACGCGAAUGCCCUCGAAGGCGGCGAUGAACCUCUACCCUCCCACAAACUGGACAGGAUUCCACCGCGACCGUUGACUUCAAGUCGAAACACCAUAACGCCCUCGGAGCAGACUAGUGGCAGCAAAACUCAUCUCAACGAGAAGGAGAAGGAGAAAGAAUCGCAAGGUCAGCCUGGUCCCUCUCAGGACGUCAGCAAAUCAACAAAGCACGCUUCGGCGUCCACAGUCCAAGACCAACAAAGCACGGGCGAACGUGACGCCGAAUUCAAACAAACCACUCUGCCUGUUGCACCAGGUCCCAGCAUCACCGUCAACCCUCCGACUACAGGCCAUCAAGAGACCGAGGCCGCGACCGCCGAGGUACCUACGUCAACGGAUAUGGACGGCGAUGUGGAGAUGCCAGACAUUGACGAGGCCACGAGCCAACCCGCAAACCCGCCUAUUGUCGCCGCAGAUGACCAGUAUCCGAACACAGUUCCUCCACCCCCGCCUGGCCCAGUCCCAAUCACGAGCCCGUCUCCGGUUGUUGCCGAAGAGGAAAGUGCAGCGGUUGCCGAACAAGGACAGCAAAAGUUCCUCCUGCCCCCUAUUGAAUCGCGCUUCAAGGGCAAGAAGUGUCUUGUCUUAGACCUGGAUGAGACCUUGGUACACAGCUCGUUCAAAAUCCUCCACCAAGCCGAUUUCACAAUACCCGUUGAAAUUGAAGGCAAUUUCCAUAACGUAUAUGUUAUCAAACGGCCCGGGGUUGACCAAUUCAUGAAGCGAGUGGGCGAGCUCUACGAAGUCGUGGUCUUCACAGCGUCCGUGUCCAAGUACGGCGACCCGCUAUUAGACCAGCUCGAUAUACACAAGGUUGUCCAUCACCGGUUGUUCCGUGAGAGCUGUUACAACCACCAAGGCAACUACGUGAAGGACCUAUCACAAGUUGGGCGGGAUCUCAAGGAAACCAUCAUUAUUGACAACUCGCCGACAUCCUACAUCUUCCACCCUCAGCAUGCCGUACCCAUCAGCAGUUGGUUCUCCGAUGCGCACGACAACGAACUCUUGGAUCUGAUCCCCGUUCUCGAGGACCUGGCAGGGUCUGCUGUCCAAGAUGUCAGCUUAGUGCUCGAUGUCACCCUCUGA